AUGUUACCUCUCCCCUCCUCAACGUCCAAGCGCAAUCGAACGUAUUUCCCAUCCCUUCCAGCAAAUCACAAUCAUAACCUAUCCUCUUCUCAGCAGAUACUACAGACACUACGAUCACGUACUCGUCUGACCAACUUGGCGGUAUUCUUACUGCUAUUUUCCUUAUCAGGAUCAUUGAUCCUCAAUUUGAAUUACCUUCUCAUAACUCCAUCAAGCACAUUCAGCUCAACGAGCUCCUCUAGGCUCAGGAAUGGUAAAGUGAUCAGUAAAGGAUGGGACGAUCUGGCUACUCUCUCGCAGUUGAGAUCCGGUAUACCCCUCUCGAUAGAAACUACCAUAGAACGUGAUUCACGGUAUAACGACUUAGACCAUCUGAUAAUGGUUCCCGGACAUGCUAUCUGGUUAGGACACGAUGCGAGUAAAGUGAAUGAGAAUGAUGAUUGGAUACUAGAACCUAUGCAGAAAGGUGGGAGUGUCAGGACGUAUGUGAAACACAUUCAGAGGGGCGUGGAGGAGCUGAAGAAGGAUAACAAAGCUCUACUGGUGUUUUCUGGCGGAGCAACUCGUGUCCCACCUUCCCCACCACUUCCGGAAGCUCUUUCGUACCACAACCUCGCCCAUGCUCUCGAACUCUUACCUUCCACUUCCAUACCAGCCGAACAAGGAGAAUCAAAAGCCCCAUUAUCGUUGAACCUCCGAGCAGCGACCGAAGAGCACGCUUUGGACAGUUAUGAGAAUUUGUUGUUUUCCAUAGCGAGGUUCAAGGAGGUUACCGACAGGUAUCCUAGGAGGAUCACCGUUGUGGGAUAUGGAAUGAAAGAGCGUCGAUUUACAAAUCUCCAUCGUUCGGCACUUUCAUUCCCCCUCUCCAACUUCACCUACAUAGGGAUCAACGAUGACCUACCCGAUUUAUCUAAACAUUAUGCAGGAGAGUUGAAAUUCGGUUUCAAACCAUUUUUGAAUUCUCCAACAGGUUGUCAUCCUCCUUUAUCAACUAAGAAACUCUUACGAAAUCCAUAUAUAAAAUAUCAUCCUUACCAUAUAUCCAAUCCUCAAUUAAUUGAAUUGUUCGAAUGGUGUCCCCCUUUACAGGAUCAUAAAGAACUUGAUUCGCUGGAUGAUUAUAGGGAUGUAUACGGUACGAGCUUUAGUGGGAGGCUGCCUUGGAAUAGUGAUGGAUCAGUGGUUGAUGAUGAACAGGUCAUGUGGGAUAGAGAGAGGGAUUGA